UCUGAUUGGUCCACCUCUGCACCAGGAGGGCUAUAUCGUCUUCAAUGCUUUAUCGCAGCCAUUUUGCGAAUGUCUUUCGGGCGCCAUAUCUAGAGAAGAAUUUGAGCACAGCGAAAAUGAUUAAAUUUCUGUUUGUUUCACCCUCCGUCUCCAAUAUUUCACCAAGACAGCUGUCAUCCGACGGGAUAUUAACAAAGAUGGGGUAUCAAAGCUGUGUUUACAGCGUUAAAACAUCAUCAUUGAAAUGAGAGGAUAAUGUCUGUUUACUGUCUCAUUGUUGAGACGUGUAACCGUGAGUUUUUUCAGACUAUAACAAUCCUUCAUCAUCUCUCACGAGCCAACGUCUCCUUUGAGUGACUGAAUGCAACUCAGUCUUGUUGCGGAGAAGGGCAUUUCCGUUUCCAACCAUCAUGGCUUCUGUGAGCCUUUUCUCCAGUCCCCCUACCCCUGUUCUUGACAAAAACAUGACAGACUCUGAACUGGCAGGGGAUGAAAGGGAGGAUGGUGAAUUGGAAGAUGGUGAAAUUGAUGACGAAGGAAUCGGCAUCGAGGAGGAAGUGAAGGCAGCUAAUGAGGAGCAAGGAGAAAAAGACAAAGAAAAGGAGAAGGAGCGAGAGAAGGACAAAGAGAAGGAGAGAGAGGACAAAGCUCACAGACACGCUCGCAAAAAGCACCGCCGCUCAAGAGAGAAAUCUGCGAGGAGGUCUAAGAGGAGGAGACGGGAAAGACAGAAGCACCACUCUCCCUCCAGCAGCUCCAGCUCUGACAGCUACGACUCGGACUACGACCGCCAAGAGAGGCCCAAGAGUAAGAAGAACCAGGGCCCAUACCGGGACUACGACAACCAGUUCUCACAGCAUGGACGUGAGUCCGGUGGGGGGCAUGGAAAAGCUCAGAGACAAGCCCAGCACAAGAGCAGCGAUGUGGACAAGUACAGCGACUACAGCGACUACGAGGAGGACGACGACUUCUCCGAGGAGCUGUCCCAAUACCGACACGCCAAAGGCACCGGCUCCCCUGGCCCGGGGAAGGGAGGCCCCAAAGACCAGGGCAAGAGGCAGGGCAUGAAGGGCCUCCAGAAACAGCAGUUUGGUGGCCAGAGAGGGCGAGGCCGAGGCGGCAUGGGCAGGGGCCGUGGUGCGAUGCCCAAAAACAAGAAACAGAAGGGCAAGAACUGGGGCCGAGGGAAGGGCCGAGGGGCCGACCAGGCUACCGAGGGGCCUAAAUCUGCCAGACACUCUUCCGCCGGCUCAGAGGAAGGGAAAGGCGCACCUGGCUUCCAGAAAAAGCGUCCCAUCAUGACUCAAGAGUUCAUCAAUCAGCACACAGUGGAACACAAUGGCAGAUACAUCUGUAAAUACUUCCUGGAGGGUCGAUGCAUCAAAGGUGACCAGUGCAAGUUUGAUCAUGAGCAUGUCGUUCCUGACAAGAAAAAAGAGCUGUGCAAGUUUUACCUCCAGGGUUACUGCAGCAAAGGAGACAACUGCAUCUAUAUGCACAAGGAGUACCCUUGCAAGUUUUUCCACACGGGAGCCAAGUGCUAUCAGGGAGACAACUGCAAAUUCUCCCAUGAUGCUUUGAACGAGGUGACACAGGAACUCUUGGAUAAGAUCGUCAACACAGAGGAGGACAACGCCGAUGAAGACGAGCAGGAACUGGAGGAUCUGCGGAAGCAGGGCAUUGCGCCCCUCCCCAAACCGCCACCUGGGGUGGGUCUGCUGCCCACACCUGGGUCCAGCAGCCCCCAGGAUAGCAGCCAGGGUGGCAAGAAGAUCCCCUCUCUGUUUGAGAUCAAAGUGCAGCCUACCAUGGACCUGGCACAGAAGAUAGGCCUCGGCAACCGGCCAGGUUUCUACAACAACAACUCCCCCAAUGGAGGGCCACCCCAAUUCACUGGGGGCCCCGAGGAUGGCCAGGCUGGCAUGAUGCCCCCAGGCCCUAAUGCCCCUCUGCCCCCGCAGCCGGGAUCCCCAGGCUCCAUGGGUGGGCCUCCGCCUCUCCCGCACGGGGGCCCAGGGGCCCCACCCAACGCCCCAGGCCAGCAGCCUCCUCCUGGGUUUGGGCAGGGCCCUCCAAUGCCUCCUGGUGGGCCUCCAAGUGGGCCGCCUCCACCGUUCCACGGGAACAUGCCUCACAUGAACCGGCCCCCGGGGCCUCAGGGGAUGAUGGGAGGACCACAGGGGGGACCCCCGUUCCCCCCGAUGUGUGACAUGCCGCAGAACAUGCCGCAGAACAUGCAGCAGAACAUGCAGCAGAACAUGCCUUUCCCCGGGAUGGGUCAAAACCCUGCUGAGUUCUUCAACACAUUCUUCAACAACCAGAACAAUCAGAACACGGGUCCUGGAGAUGACAGCCAUACAGCGCAGCAGCAGCAGCAGGCUGGCCCUGACGCCCAGGCGUCCAUGCAGAGCUUCCUGCCGGCUGUGCAGAAGGCCCUGUUUCUCCACCUCACCCAGCAGCAGCAGCAACAGCCACCACCACAACAGCAGCAGCAGCAGUUUCAGCCGUUUCAGCAGCAGCAGCAGCAGCAGCAGCCACCACCGCUGCAGCAGCAGUUCCACCAGCAGCAGCAGUUCCAGCAGCAGCAGCAGCAGCAGCAGCAGUUUCAGCAGCAGGCUGAUCCCCAGAGGCCAGAGGGGCAGGGAGCUGGGCCUGCUAGCAGGGACAGAGAUGAGACGACAAACUGGUACUCGAGUGAUGAGGAGGACGGCGGGGGCAGCGUCUCAUCCAUCCUGAAGUCCCUGAAGAAGCAGAACGAGAUGCUUAAGAGCCAGCAGAGCCAGCAGCAGGCCCAGGGACCGGCCAAGCCCCCCCAGGUACCGCCGAGUGACCCCAGGCUACAGAAGGGGCCCCCAAGUGACCCCCGCGUCAAGGCUGACCCGCGGCAGCGCGCCGCCGACCCCCGCAAGUCGGACACGGAGCCCGGCGUCCACGACCCGCGGCUGUCCAGGGACCCGCGCAAGCUGAAGCCCCCGGAGCCCUCGGCGGGGCUCUCCAAGUCGGACGCUCACAGGCACCCCGGCCACAAGCCGUCGGCGGGCGGCGAGGACGACGAGGAGGGCGAGCGGGAGCUGCGGGAGCGGGCGGUGUUCAUCCCGCUGGAGCCCAGCGCCUCGGCGUCCGCCUCGCUCCGCGACCCGCGCUGCCAGCUCAAGCAGUUCAGCCACAUCCGUGUGGACAUCCUGCUCCAGCGGCCGGCCUUCGCCCACUCGGUGGUGUGGGCGCCCGAGGACCUCAUCCCGCUCCUGGUGCCCAAGCAGGAGACGUCCAUCAACCUGCCGCUGCCGCCGCUCAUAGCCGACGCGCAGCUCAACCGCACAUUUGGCUCGUCGCUGCCUGAGACGCACGUGUCCCCGACGUCGGCGGCAUUGCCACCGGACCCACGGCUGGCGGCUGCCCGUCUGAAGGAAGGGGUUGGCAGGGUCGGCACCGGUCGGCCUGGUACGGACGGCAAACCUGGCGGCGAGAAACCGCUGGACCCACGCACCUACAAGGACCCCCGGAUCAGCCGCUCGUCCAGCUUGGACUCCUCCUCCAAGCCGCCGCCGCUGAAGGACUGCUCGCCAGGGGCAGGCGGCGUCUUGGACCCCAGACUGCUGAGAGGCUCUGCUGGAACGUCUGGCUCCUCGUCCGUCGUCGUCGCUGCCGCCGCCACUGCCACUGCUGUGCGAGCGGAGCCCGAAAAGCUGCCCCCCUACGCCCCACGGCUAGCUGCCUCAACUGGCAAGGGUCUUGAGAGCCCCACCACCCUCCUGGGGGGCAUCAGCCUGUACGACCCCCGCAACCAGACCUCACAGCCUCCAAAGGCUGCCGCCGAGGAGCCCUCCGAGCCGCCCAAAAAGACGGGCAUCCUCAAGCCGGGAUUGGGGAAGCGCAGCGGCAGCAGCAGCAGCCCGCCUCCGGCCCAGCUCUCCCCCACACGCCGCUCAGGGCCCGAGGGAAAGACUUCUGACAGCCCCUCCAAUGGCUCCGCGGCUGGAAGCACCGGCACGGCGGCGGCCAUCCCCAGUGUCCCCACUUCCCCCGUCGCCGCCCCUACCCCCGCCCCAGCCCCGGCCGUCCACAACCUCCCCAUCCAGGCCCUUGCCGGCCUCAUCCGCCCACCCUACAGCGACCCCCGGCUGGCCAAGGCCUCGAGCCUGGCCCCAGCUGGACCACCGGAGGAGCCGGACAAGAAGGAGGAGAAGGAGGAGAAGAUGGAGGUAGGGGAGGAUGAGGAGCGGAAGCAAGAGGAAGAGGAGGACGAUGAGGAGAUGGACAGACCACUAAAGGACGUGUUUAAGACCUUUGACCCGACCGCCUCACCCUUCUGUCAGUGAGCAGCUCUGAGGCUGCCACAGCGCCCUCUGCUGGUUACGUGAACUCUGUACAUAUUGAACGUUCCCGGAACGUUCUCCAACCCUCAUCCCCUCGCACACACUGCACUCGUAGAGGUAUCUCUUUUCAAAUAUGAUAUAUUUAUUUAUUUUGUAUUGUACAUAUUCUUCAUCAUAUUAUGAUCUUUCUUGCAUCACUGGUUCCUUUGGGGAACACAUUUAUCAACUUUUCACUUGCUGAAAUGUUUACCAGUCUUGCGCUAGUGUUGCUCGAUUCCUCAUAACAGAAUGGCAUUCAGUGUCUGUUUUUAAAAUGUCACAGACUUCAAACAUUUGAUUGCAGUCGUGGAUUUUUUUCAUGUAAAACUUAAUUUUGCUCAAAAUGUGCCAGUUAAAAAGAAUUGUACUUUUCCUAAGGUACCUGACAAGCUCAGCUACUUUAAUAUGUCAAUGGUAGUUGUCCUGACUUAGUUAGCCAUGAAGCUAACUUGAAAAAUGGUGUAUUGUGCAGGAUCACAUUUGAAUAUGCUUAAGCCUCUACUAGUAUGUGUAUGCUAAUUAAAAGCAUUCAAAAUGUGGCACUAUAUGUCAUUCUGUUACUGCAAAUCUGCCCAUGAACACCUCUGUGUCAUAGUUUAAUUCUUGUUAAGAAGUUUUGCAUAAUUGAUUAUAUAUGGAAUGGAGACAGGUUCAGACUUCAUUUAUAUACAGUUCUAGUAAUACAAAAAGUUAAACAUUAAACGAUUACUUUUGCAAAGAGACGUAUGGUAAGUUAGGUAUUAACGUUUUAAUUGUAUAUGAUCGUGUGAAAAAAGGUUUCACAUAAAGCAUAGUGACAUAAAUUUUUUAUGAAAUGAUGAAAACAGUUAAGCUUCAUAUUCCAGUGCUAUGAGUAUUAUCAUCAGAGCCAGCUAAUCUUCUAUACCCAUGAUUGUCCUCUGUGUUUGGCAUUUGUUUUUCAGUUAAUUUACAGUAUGACUGCGAAGAAUGUUAAAAUUGUUUUAUAAAAAAAAAACAAUUGACAAUUGACUUGUGUUGCUGUAUGGUGCUAUCUUAGUGGGGUUCUCAUUUUUUGUUGAUAAACAUUGUUUUUUUGAAAUACUGUAUGUUAAACGUAUAAGCUCGACUUUUAAAAAAGCUUAUUUUCUAUCAUAAAUUCAGUGCUUUCCAGAA